CAAUAAGCCAUUAUCACGCUGAUACGACGUACUUCCGCAUUCAUGAUUUUUGUGCACUGCCACUUCCGGUGAAUUAUUCAUCACUCUGGCGUAUCCAUGAUGGAUGAGCGCAAGUUUACUUAUACUGCAUCCCUGGUAAAUUUACCUAAAAUAACUUUUUCUGACGUACAUCGGCUAACUGAACAACACUCCAUCACAGCCCGCUCCAAAGUGGACAAGGGAUACAGUUUCUUUUUCGAGAACUUCAUCUACGACUAUGAAGUGUCCAACAUCAUUGACAGGGAGGUGGCUGUCAGGUCUAGGUGUUACAGGUCGAUGAAGAAGCGAGAACAGCCCCAUUAUUUGAAGAUUGUUUUUCAAGCUGAUGCAGCCGAAUUUCAGGAAACCUCAUGCAGCUGUACAGCAGGCAAGGUUCUUUGCAAUCAUCUAGUGGCCUUGUUGUUCCAGAGUGCCCAUUACAGCAUGUUGCAGGUGAGAGCUGUACCACCACCUGUGGCCUGCACAAGCUCUCUGCAAACAUGGCAUCGACCAAGGACAAAGGGGAUCCAUGCAGAGCCGGUUCAGGACUUGGUUGUUAGGAAACCAAAGCCAUCCGCCAGGAGUGUAUGCAAAUCAACACUCUAUCAAGCAUACACAGGAUCCCUCCCUGACCCGCAAGUCUUGUCUCUUGGAAAAGGACUGAAAAGCCUCAGGCCGCAACCACUAAUAUCAUCAGUGCUGCAUGGCUUGUCUCAACUCACCAUGGUCGACUCCAGGUUCGGACCUGUGCCGCGAGGUUCACCCCUGUCCUACCAGUGUCCUCCUGUGGUCAAACACGGAAAUUACGUCCAACACCCAGAUGCACCAAAAUUCCCUAAACUACCUUUAGAGGGGUCAACAUUUUCCACUACCUUUCCGAACUUUGAACCAAACUCCCAACAGUUUCUCCAUUUGGACAGCUUAACUGUGACACACGAAGUGGCAGCUGAGAGAGAGGAGCAGACACGUGAGCAGUCUGAGUGCCCAUUAUGGCAAGCAUUACGUAAACCUAGAGUAACAGCUAGUAGGUUCUAUGAGGUUAGCCAUGUGAAAGGGCCGUCUUCUGGUCAGACCCUGGCAGGGCGGAUACUUAAGGGAGUACGCCAAACUCCCGCCAUGAAGAGGGGCCUUGAACGCGAGCCACAAGUGCUGGAACAAUAUUCAAAACAUUUCAAUGUAAAUGUCUCACGCUGUGGAUUUGUUAUCCAUCCCGACGCUCCUCACCUCGGGGCUAGCCCCGAUGCAAGGGUAUAUGACCCUAGUGCCAUUCCGUGUUUUGGGCUUGCUGAAGUUAAAUGCCCAGACAUCUCUAGCAUUUCUGAGGCAGGACAUGUAAAAAUGGUGAAUGGUCAGGCAAAACUGAAGCAGAAUCAUAAAUACCACUGGCAGGUUCAAGGUCAAUUGGCUGUAACUGGAUUGAGUUGGUGCGAUUUUGUAACAGACACUGAGGGAGACUUCACAGUCGAAAGAGUCUGGAGGGAUGAUGAAAUGAUAAAAGACAUGAAAAAGAAGGUGGACCUGUACUUCUUUGGUACAUAUAUGAAUGUGUAUCUACAGCAGAAAGUGAAAUUAACUGUAUGAA